AUGCCGACCGGCGUCCUCUUCCUCCGCAUCGCCCCGAAAAGUGUCCGCUGGCACUGGAUUAACCAAAAUCUGGCUGCGGUCAUUGGUCUUGUCGGCAUUAUGAUUGGUUUCUACUCUCAGCACCAUAAGUACGGCUCUGCACACCAGAUCAUCGGAGUCAUCAUCUUGAUCACAAUUCUCGCUCAAUGGGGCAUGGGACUGUGGCAUCAUCUUUUGUACAAGACACAAUUCGGUCCCAUCCAUCGCUACUUCGGAUACGUCGUCUUCAUCCUGGCCAUCAUUAAUGGCGGCAUCGUUCUUUCCUGGUCAUACGCGUCCAAGUCGGUCAUCAUCGGAUAUUCGAUCGGUGUGCUUGUUGUGGGCUUGGGUCUACUGUUUUUCUUUAGCUGGUUGAGAUAUACUUCUUGGCGCAACCAAAAGCAGCACAGUGGCAGUCCUUGA